AUGUUGUCCGAAUCUGCAGCCCCUAUUGCUCAGCUGGUUCCGAGAAGACAACACAAGAAGAGCCGGACCGGAUGCUUGCCAUGCAAGAUCCGUAAGGUCAAGUGUGAUGAAAGGCGUCCAUUAUGCCAAAAUUGUGCGCGGCAUUAUAAGGACAUCGAGAAGUGCGAUUUCCCUCCUGCUCCUGCUGCCACCGAAUCGACCCUCCCAGACCGCCUGCCACCUCGCACCCGGCCAAUAUCCAAGAAGUCACCUACUUCUUUCCGCAGAGCACCUAAAUAUCUACUUCCCCUGUUUCCUGGCUCGGGGAUAGACCCAUUUGAGUGCUUCCCAAGCUGCAAUGUCCCGGAAGCCCAAAAAUUCAUGCAUCAUUAUUUUCAGAAUUUCGUAUCUAAAUCUUUCCCUGUCCAUCUAGACCACAUAGCUCAACCUAUUAUGCAGUCAUUUUGGUCACUCGCGUCUGAUGACAUCGUCUUAUUCCACGCGACUUUGCAACUUAGUGCUCUGGAUUUGGAGGUAUUGCGAGGUGGCGACAACGAAGCAGCUCAAGCCAAGUUCCUCCUGAACAAAGAAUGUAUCACCCUUCUCAGAAAGCGAGUCGAAGAUUCUAUCUUAGGUAUCAGUGACCAGACCAUCGCAUCUGUUCUAUUUAUCAUCAUCGUCGAGUUCCAAAGAAGUAAUUUCAAGAUGGUCACCAUGCAUAUACAAGGCCUCAAGAGAAUGGUUGCUUUGAGAGGAGGUCUCCACACUAUCAGGUCUACAAAUCAUAUGCUGGCGAACCUAAUAUUCGGAAUCAGUUUGACUGUUACUACUGAACUACAAUUUUUCCCAGAAACACCACUUGAACCAUUGGCUUCUGACGAUCCCAUAGAACUAGCACACGAGCCACACCUUGCACAAGAUCCACGACUCUUUCGGCUCGAUAACGUGGGCCUUUCCAGGGACCAUGUCCAAGUCUUCAAGGUUCUAAGAUACAACACCAACAGGGCGGAUAUAGAGUGGCCAGACAAUGCUGCCCCGACAAAAUGCUCGGAUAUUAUGGCCCGCAUGAUGGCUCUACCCAUACCAGUCGACGAAGGUCCCGUCAUUGCAAGUAUCUCGGAAUCAAGUCGACUCGCAGGGGUUGGCCUGUGCUGCCUACCCUGGAAGCACGAUUACCCCAGCCCUGAACUAAUGAUCAACACAAUGAUCCAUAAACUAAGAAUUUCACUCGAAACUGUACUCAAUCUAGUUCCUAGCGACCAUCCAUUGUUACCGUGGCUCUUGUCGGUUGGUGGUAUAUAUUCGGUACAACCAGAAAGAAAUUGGUUUGUGGGACAUCUUGUUCCCGUUGUAGUUGCUCUACAGAUACGUUCUUGGGAGGAUAUGAGACCUCAUUUGACCAAGCUGUGGGAAGAGGUUGAAGCAAAAAGGAAAGAUCUCGAUCUUGUUGAUCUUGAUGUAUGGCAGUAA